AUGUCCUUUCACCAUAUAUGGGAUUUGUGUUAUCAUGACAUAUCGUCAACUCAUAAUUGGGCAGCGACUUCUGAGGUCGGGGCUCAGCUCAAGCCGGCACGUCUCCAUCGACGUAUCCUAGCUUAUCCCCGUUUUUUUUCAUUGCCUCUUUAUCACCGCGUUGAUAUCGCAUCGAAUAAGCAAUUAUCCAGUGUCACUGGUCUCCAGGGUCUAAGCGCUGCCUCUGAGCAAUGCUGGAUGUCUAAUCCAUUGCGCCCAACUUCGAGGGCCUUAAACGAGGCUCCAUCUCAGUAUUCGUUCCAAAACUCGGCCAGUUUGUCCGUAAGCUUCUUUCGUUGCCUAGAUAACGCCCGUCGGCGAUUGGACGAACGCAAAAUGGCUGCAUGUGUUUGGCGUCUUUCUUACUGUCCGCCUGCGUUCCAGUUACCCAGCGCGCUAGAAUGGGAAAUGCGAUAUGCCGAUUACCGGCCAUAUAACCUACCAUUAACUAGGCUCUCCUUGAGAAAAAAACUCGCAACCUUCGACUUGCCUAUUGAUACAGUCGCUGAAUCGCGGAAGUUGAGUUCUACAGCUACAGCUGACUCUGAAUCUAAUCGCUUAUCUCCCGCAUCAUCUACUAACAUCAACCACUCUGCUUUUAGUGACGAACAUAUUCAAAUACAAAUAGGAGAAAUUAAGAACCCAUCGACUACAAAAAAUGUUUAUUCCUCCUAUCAAGUGGCGUUUCUCGACGAUGAUGACUAUUAUGAUGAUGAAUAUAUUCUGAGUUCUGAAAAAGCAGUAGAUAUUACCAGUGCUGGUAUCAACUUGUCGAUACCUCAAAACACUAAUGAGGCGAAAUUAUCCCAUUCGUCUAUUACAUUUACGGGAACCGGAAUAAAGCAUUAUAAAUCUGAAAACCCAUCUAUCGUCACCGACCGAACCUUUUAUGCUGACCUUGAGGCUGACAUCUCAAGCGACAAAUUAUCUACGCCUAGUAACGCUGAUUAUUUGUCCAUAGCAUCACCUCACGAUACCGUAAAAAUUUCCAUGAUGGAGUCUCUCUCGAGCGCCGGGCGCCGACUUGCAGAUUCUGAAGACCUAGACAAAUUCAUUGACUUGCUGAAUGUCCUGCCAUUGACUACCUGGUCUCAAAGCGUCAGUUUGAUGACAGAAGAUUUGGGGUCCAUUCAGUUUGGAAUAUCACCUCCGCCUAUAGACUCAGUCUUCCUAAGUCAUUUAGACUGGCUUAUAGCAGAUCACACGUCCUUGUGUGUUUUUUGGAUUUUUUUCUAA